AUCAUCCCCUUUACCCCCUCGCCUGCAAAACAACGACCAGCCAGGCCUUAUUAAUUCGCCCUUCACCUUUGUCUGCGUACGAGCUUUAUCGUACCUUCAUACCUUUUCUACAUUCUUCACUCCCACCAACUCGCAACACAGCCGAUUCCCCAAGAAUCGAACACAAAACGUCUUCGCGCAGAACCUAGCAUCUCGACUGACCAAACACAACUCUCGCCACCAUGUCUUUCCUCACCGAGAUCACCACCCGCCGCAUGGCGACCCUCACCCGCACUGCGGCAAACACAACCUUCACCACCCUUCCUCGUGCGUCCUUCAGCACCACCGUGCAGCUGCGGAAGAACCCUGUGGAUGUGGCCAAGGAUGGGCUGAAGACUGUCGAUCGCGCUGUGAGCGACAAGCUCGUGGACGGCAUCAACGUGGGCACCCACGUCAAGGACAAGGUGAAGGAGGCUGCUUCUGACCUUAGCUCUGGUAAAGCGAGUGGCGAUGCCGCUAAGCUGCGUGGUGAGGCCGAGGGCAAGGCGCAGGAGCUCAAGGGAGAGGCAAAGGGCAAGGCUAGCGAGCUGAAGGGCAAGGCCAAGGAGAAGGUCAAUGAGCUGUAAGCAGAUGAAGAACAGGAGGGAGGAACGAGAGCUGAUUGAAGCUCCAUUGAUUACGGGCGCAGGGAUGGCGUAACUACCUCCACGGGG